UUUGCUAUUCUGAUUCAGCCGUUUAUGUAAAUCUCGAGAGGGUAUGGAAAUCCAAGAUCCCGUGCGGUGCAUCGGUACAGCUAAGUUUAAAACGCUAAUAAAAUCCCAUUUCCCUCAUUAUUUAGGGAAAUAAUGAAGAAUCUCAAAACAAACUUUAUUCUAUGUCGACUAGAGUUUACAUACCCACACUUGCGGUAUGAAAUGUUAUGAAUUCAACAUCUACCGUAAAAAGGUACAUGCAUAAAAUGCUCAUCGCAUGUGCAGUUCAUGGUACUCGGCGGCGUUAUUUGAGAAGGCUGAAGCCUCAUUGCAGCAGUAAUUUCAAUGCACACUUCCUGGGGCAAGGCCGAUGUCUGGGUUUUACUGCCGCCUGCCGGGCACCACCCAGUAGUGAUUGGGCUGGUCACUGCCUGUGUGUCCAGUCAGUACCGUGAGAGUCUAGCGGAGUCCGGAGGUAUAUAAGUCGUGUGUGCCCUGCUGUCGACACCAGUCUCCCACAGCGGAUACAGCAGUAAAAAGCUUACCAAACAACCUCAGCCAGAAACAUGAAGGUCCUGCUCAUCUCUGCUCUGGUGGCGGUCGCCCUGGCGGCUCCCCAGAAGUACGCCCAGCAGCAGUACUCAGAUGCUCCGGCCAAGUACGCCUACGACUACAAGGUGCAGGACUCCAACUACGCCGUCGACUUUGGACAGAGCGAGUCGCGCGAUGGAGCCAACACGCAGGGCAGCUACUACGUGGCGCUGCCGGACGGCCGCGUGCAGCGCGUCACCUACAGCGUCAGCGGCGACGGCGGCUACGUGGCCGAGGUGACGUACGAGGGUGAGGCGCGCUACCCGGCGGCGUCUGCCAGCCAGCCGGCAUACCGUCCGGCCGGCAAGCAGCAGCCGUACAACUAGACGGCCGCCGGCGCCGCCUGCCGCCGACCGGGCUGCUCUCCCUCUCUCCUUUGGAGAGGGACAGACGCGCCGCGUCGGCCCAUUGUCAGAUGUCCCGUGUUUUUUGUAAUUGAUGAUGUGAAACCCAGUCAAUGUAUUUAUUUUGUCUUCGCCAAUACAUGUUCAAAACGCC